CGCGAUCGAGGAGUAUGACGACAUUGGGAACAGACGAGAUCAUUGCUACAUUUCGGUUACUAACCGUAGAACAACAAAAUGACGUUUUGAAGGAAUUGUUAAGAAGUUGCAGUGAUGUACAACUUCAAGAGUUAGGAUUGUCCCGCUCUGUUGAUUUUGUGACAUAUUUUUCCAAGGAUCUUGCAGAGCGUGUUUUUUCGUGGCUGGAUGUUUGUUCUCUGUGUCGUGUAGCUUGUUGUAGUCAUUUGUGGCGGAAGAGGGCGAACAGCAAUCGUUUGUGGAGAGCUCACUGUUUGAGGAAAGGAUGGAUUAGACUUGAGAGCAAUCGUGUUUUAUUUCAAUCGAGUUCCACAGCAAAGUGUCUCUCACCUGUAAAGGCAUCUCAUCGUUUUGUGGAAUGCGUCACACAGCUCUCGUUGUCUCCUCCUAUUUGUCAUUGGAAAGAUGUUUAUAUUAGAGCCAGUCAGCUAGAAGUCAAUUGGAAGAAGGGACUGUACACAGUGUUACCAAUACUGACCGGACAUAAGAAACGAGUUACUGCUCUGGAUUGUGACGGUGUGUUUGCUGUGUGCGGAUCGGCAGAGCAAUCGUUGCGAGUUUGGGAUGUGGCAAGGCACACAUGUAGCCAAGUGUGGGACAACCUUGGUGACGAAGUCACGUGCAUCAAGAUAAAGGAUGGUCAAGUAGUCUGUGGAUGUGCUGAUGGCAUUAUAAGACGAUUCAAUGUGUUAAACUGCCACAUGAUUGGUGAUCUUCAAGGUCACCAUGGAAGCAUAGAAUGUCUGGCAUUUGAUGGCUUUACUGUCAUCAGUGGAUCAACUGACAAAUCUGUUCGUGUGUGGUCUUUCACUGAAGGGAAGUGCAUGCAUGUCUUGAAUGGUCAUACUGAAGAUGUGACUUGUGUUGAAAUGGUUGGGUUGCUGGGUAUGUCUGCGGCUCAUGAUGCAACAUUGAGACUAUGGGACUUGGAACAGGGAGUUUGCAGAUACGAGUUAGUGGGACACAAGGAAGGUGAAAUAGUACAGUAG